CUGAUAUAACAGCGGACACAAGCAGGGAGGCAGCUUCCAUCAGUUCAUCAAAUCCAUCAGGUGAUCAAAUCCAUCAGGUGAUCAAAUCCAUCAGGUGGACAAGCACGAGUGUGCUGACAUGAAGCUGGGGUUGCUGGCAGUACUGGCUGUGGCAGUUCUGGUGCCUAGCCUUUCUGAGAGCCGGAUUGUCUCCAAAUGUGAGCUAAAAGACCAGCUGAGUAAGGCGAUCAAACUGCCUGCACGGCUUGAGAAACACAGGGAGGCAGUCUUGGAAAGAGUUACCUACAGUGUAUAUAGGAAGUCCGGUCUGAACACCAGCCUGGUCAGGGUGUUCGGCAAACGCAUAACUACAACAGCAAAGCCAACAACAAAGGCCACAACUCCCUCAACAUCAGGAGGCAAUGGAACCACCACCAAAGAAAUGACUGGUCCAACUGAUAUCCAACCUGCUACUAAUGAAUCAGUUACCAUCAAUCCAAUGACCACAAAUACAGGAAAUGGAACCAACAGCAGUGAUGGCAGCAGACGAAAGCGUGAGGCUAAUCCAUCCCCACAGGAGUCAGGGGUGGAGGAGAACGUUGAGGAAGCAGUGAAUGUGGAAGUCAAUAUAGAGGACGAUGAAUAUCAAAAAAGUGACAUGGAUGAGGGUGAUGAAGAAGAGGAGGUGGUCGAUGAAGAAGAAGAGGUUGAAGAGGUCGAAGAAGAAGAAGAAGAAGAAGAGGUCGAAGAAGAAGAGGUCGAAGAAGAAGAAGAAGAAGAAGAAGAGGUCGAAGAAGAAGAGGUCGAAGAAGAAGCGGUCAAAGAAGAAGAAGAGGAGGGCGAUGAAGUAGAAGAGCGGGUCGAUAAUGAAGAAGAAGAAGAGGGGGUUGAUGAAGAUGUAGAAGAGGUGAGCGAUGAAGAAGAAGAGCAGGGCAGUGAAGAAGAGGAGAUCAAUGAAGAAGAGGUCAUGGACAACAGCGAAGUUUUGAAACGUGAGAAGAGAUCAUUCCACCGCAGAAAGCCCAAGCAGAAACAGGGACUAAAACCAAAACUGCCUUGGUCCAUUGGCUUUUAUGGGCUCUUCCAGCUGUCUGACAGCUACUUCUGUGAUUCAGGUUAUCGCUGGUCCAUAAAUAGUUGCAACACAUCCUGUACAGCCUUCACUGAUGACGACAUAUCAGAUGACAUUGCUUGCCUUGUAAAGACUCGACGCUGGCGGUAUCUGUUGAGGAAAGCCCGCCGGUAUAAUGGUGCCAAGGGGUUCUUAGAAGAGUGUAACUGAGCAGCAGCUGAGGCCCUGCAGGAUCUCACACCAGCAACUUCUUCACCAGUUCUGCAUCGGAACGGAGCUGUGAUCCUGAGCUUUCACCAAAACAGUGUGUUGCAAUGUUUUGUUUUAUCAAAUAAUUAACCUAAUGUGAUUAUAUUUCAAUUUCGCUGUGGAAAACUAACAGAUCUUGAAAGUAAACUGAUGUAAACUGGUUAUGGUGUUGCUUUUUAUCCUCAAUCAGUGAUUCUACUGAGGUGGAAAAAACAAAAUUAUUCCUAUAACUUUUGCUUUCUUUCAUCUCUUAAUAAAUACAUUCUGCUGCA